AUGACCCGCACGGGUUUCCAAAACCCGUGCAUAUCCCUAACCACAGCUGCCCAGAUCAUUGCAGCUGCUUCAGUCCCUACUCCUGCACCCAUGGCAGCGUCAUCCGCUUCCCCAACCCUUGACGAGGGUCCUGACAUUGCUGACAUCAUCUCUGCUACUGAGCAGAUGGACAUUGACAAUGCAGUGCGCUUCCAGGCCAAAUUCUUUGGUAAAGCCUUUAUGCCCAUAUACCUCAUUGUCCUGAUGCUUAUCCUCACCACAUCCCUAGCUGCCUGGGGAUCCUUACCACCCACUGGUUCUUCUGAGCCACCGGUACCUAUUAGGACUGCCUCUCCUGCACCAAGCACCUAG